AUGGAAGAAUAUAGGAGAUGCUUGGAGAGGCAUGAGCAAGAAAGAAAGGAGAGAAACCGUAGAGCCGAUGAAAUCAAUGAGUUGCAGAGACAAGUCGAUGAACAAGUUCUCAUAGCAGUGGCAAUGGAAGAGGAAGAGAACCAAGGUCGCCGCCGUGGUUCACAAGUUAGCCGUCGCCGGAAUGUGGACAGACAUAGGCAUUCUCGGGGUAAGAAUCUUUUGGAAGAUUAUUUUAUCCCAACUGCUUUGUACUCUGAUGUUGAUUUUCGAAGGCGAUUUAGAAUUCAACCCCAUUUGUUCAAUAAAGUCAUGCAUGAUAUUUGCAAUUAUGAUGCAUACUUUGUUCAAAAGUGUGAUGCUGCUGGGGUUUUGGGCCUUCUUCCAGAGCAAAAGCUUACAGCUGUUAUACGAAUGUUGGCGUAUGGAGCAUCUGCUGAUCAGGUGGAUGAGCUUGCCCGAAUGGGGAAGUCCACUACAUUGGAGGCUUUGGUAAGAUUUUGUGAUGCAGUUGAAAAUCUGUACACUAGGGACUACCUGCGUAGACCUACUCCCAGGGACCCCCAACGGCUUCUACAAAAAGCCGAAGCUCGAGGAUUUCUAGGAAUGAUUGGUAGCAUUGACUGCAUGCAUUGGCAAUGGAAGAAUUGCCCAACUGCCUUGCAAGGUGAUUACGGAAAUAGAAAGGCCAAAAAAGUAUCAUCCUGGAAGCCGUUGCUGGCUUCGACACAUGGGUUUGGCAUGCUUUCUUCGGAGUUGCCGGAGCCCAAAAUGACCUCAACGUUCUGGGUCAAUCUCCGGUCUUCAACGAUGUUUUGA